UGUGUUGUGAGCACAGAGAGAUUUUCAUCAUGAGCUUCACUGGAAAGUAUGAACUCCAGUCCCAGGAAAAUUUUGAGCCUUUUAUGAAAGCCCUUGGGGUUCCUGAUGACCAGAUACAGAAGGGAAAAGACAUCAAGAGCAUCUCAGAAAUCGUGCAGGAUGGGAAAAAGUUCAAGAUUACCGUGACCACUGGCUCCAAAGUGCUGCAAAAUGAGUUCACCAUUGGGGAGGAGUGUGAGGUGGAGAUGGUGACGGGAGAGAAAGUCAAGGCUGUUGUUCAGCUGGAGGGUAACAACAAACUGGUCGCAAACCUGAAAGGGCUCAAAUCUGUCACCGAACUCAAUGGAGACACCAUCACCAAUACGAUGACCAUGGGUGACCUCACCUACAAGAGAAUCAGCAAGAGAAUCUAGAAACCCUGCACAUGCCAAUCAUUUUACUGUGUAAAAUGUGUCCAUUAAAGUAAAAUUUGUAUUAAAGGCCUGUAUUAUUAUCAUCAACCUCUUCACUAUUGCU